ACCAAGCAACGACACUGCACACUUUCUUCUUCCUGAAUUUCUGGUAUGUGAUCUUGAAAACCAAACUACUCUUCAGCCGCCGAACCAAUCGACGGUUAAACCAAUACCCUUCAAUGCAAUAUGCAAUGCUCCUUCCUCCUUAUAUUGCCCUUUCUUCCACAUGAAAUUCAUUCGGUGGAGGUAGAGUCGUCGGAAAUUCAAUUCCCAGCAGGAUAAUGACCCAGUUUCAAUCAAUCCUCGCCGCCGGAGAAGAGGGAGGUCGCACCGUGGUGGUGGGUGUUAAGCUGGAUGGUCAGAGCAGGGAGCUCCUGACUUGGGCACUCGUCAAAGUUGCGCAAACUGGUGACCGCGUCGUUGCUCUUCACGUUCUCAACAACAACGAAAUUGUGGACCGGGAGGGCAAAUCAUCUCUGUUAUCGUUGGUGAAAGCAUUUGACUCUAUUCUUGCAGUUUAUGAAGGCUUUUGUAACCUCAAACAGGUGGAUCUCAAGCUUAAGAUAUGCAGAGGUUCAUCAAUCCGGAAAAUUCUUGUCCGUGAAGCAAAUGCUUACCUAGCAAACGACCUUAUUGUUGGGACAGCACGGAAUCAUCAUACAAUCCGAUCAUCAGCUUCUGUUGCAAAGUACUGUGCUAAGAAAUUGCCAAGUGAUUGCUCAGUCUUGGCUGUUAAUAAUGGCAAAGUGGUCUUCCAUCGAGAGGCAUCAAGACCAUCUCUGGUCACUACGAAAGAAAUUGAACUUCAUCAAAGGAAUGGUUUGCUUAGUGCAAUCCAGAGGACAUUAAGCAAGAACUCAAAGGUAUUAAAUGGCAACGGUGGUACUAAUGAUCAAAGUGCUCAUGAGACCUUGGGGGAGGCAUUAUUGAAAUCUGGUAAUGUUUGUGCUGAGAAUGCUGCACUCAAACAGAAUUGUUCAAUUUGUUCACCGGAUUAUUUGCCUGAUAGUUCUUGUACCCAAUCAUCCACUGAUGAGCCUUCAAGAGAUAGCAAUGACGAAAGCUCUAUGGCUUUAGUACCAGUGGAGAAGCUAGAGCCUGCUUCUACUUCAAUCUCACAGUUGAUAAAAGAACUGCCUGAAGUUCGACCGGGUUGGCCACUGCUUCGCCGUGCUGUUUUCUCAAACAGACAAGCCACAGAUGGCUCCUCUGUGCAGCAGAUCUCUGUUGUCCAGUGGGCACUCCGUUUGCCAAGUAGACAUCCUUUGUCCGUUGAAGACCUGGACAAGAAAUUAGUAGGAGUCUCCUUCGGUGAUGACAAAAAUAAUGCUUUCAAACUAGAUGGAGAAAGCGGUGCCAUUGUCCCUUUUAGCAAUGAGAACAUUUCUCAUCCAUCCUCUCCAGAGAAGUCAGGCUCAGUAUCUGAAGAGUUAGUGUGUCUUCACGAGAAAUAUGCAGCAACUUGUAGAUUCUUCAAGUACGAGGAACUUGUGUCAGCAACUCUGGAUUUCUCUUCAGAUAAUGUCAUAGGUAAAGGAGGGAGCAGUAAGGUUUAUAAAGGUUGCCUUCCUGAUGGCAAAGAGCUUGCUGUAAAGAUUUUAAAACCAACUGAAGAUUCACUGAGAGAGUUUGUUUUAGAAAUUGAGAUCAUUACUGCUUUACAUCACAAAAACAUCAUCUCACUCUUCGGCUUCUGUUUUGAGGGCAACCAUCUCCUCCUGGUUUAUGAUUUCCUAUCAAGAGGAAGCCUUGAAGAGAACCUUCAUGGUACUAAGAAGGAUCCACAAGAAUUUAGAUGGAGUGAGAGAUACAAGGUAGCUGUUGGUGUUGCUGAAGCACUGGACUAUCUUCACAGCCGAGAUGAUCAACCUGUGAUUCACCGUGAUGUGAAAUCAUCAAAUAUACUGCUAUCUGAUGAUUUUGAGCCACAGCUUUCUGACUUUGGACUUGCUAAAUGGGCAUCAACGACCUCCUCUCACAUAACAUGCACUGAUGUUGCUGGGACUUUUGGUUACUUGGCUCCAGAGUAUUUCAUGUAUGGAAAAGUGAAUGACAAGAUUGAUGUGUAUGCAUUUGGAGUAGUACUUCUUGAACUUCUUUCCGGAAGAAAACCUAUAAACAGUAACUACCCAAAAGGUCAGGAGAGCCUGGUUAUGUGGGCAAAACCAAUUCUGAACAGUGGGAAGUAUGGGCAGUUGCUAGACCCAAGCUUGGGCAGUAAUUAUGAUCGUGAACAGGUAGAGAAGAUGGUUCUUGCUGCUUCUCUGUGUGUUAGACGUGCUCCCCGAGCUCGGCCUCAAAUGAGCCUUAUUGUGAAGCUGCUCCAAGGCGAGGUUGAAACAAUGAAAUGGGCGAGGUUGCAGGUGAAUGGGUCAGAGGCAAAGCUACGAAAUAGUAUGGAAGGUGGCGAGACAUUGGAUGAUGACACAUAUUCGCAGCAUUCUAAUAUACAAUCCCACCUCAACCUUGCAUUGCUAGGGGUAGAAGAGGAUUCAGUGUCGGUCAGCAGCAUCGAGCAACAUAUCUCACUGGAGGACUAUUUGCGAGGCAGGUGGAGCCGGUCAUCAAGCCUCGACUGACUCACUCAAUAAUCUCAAUUUAAGUUUUAGAUCCCGUGAUUUUUGUGUACAUUUCAUUUCUUGUUUUCUUUUACCUAGCUAAUUUCCAGCUUCAUUUUGGUUAAUGCUGGGUCUUGGAUGAGAGGUUGUUAGUGGUGUGCCCUCCUCCUUCCCUUCCCUUCCCUUCCACGUGUUGUGUAUGAUUUGUCAAGUAUAGGUUCAGUUCAAUUGUCAUCAUAAUUGGAACCAAGAACUGAACCCCACCUUCAAGUGUAUAAAAACACAAUUAAUUUUACUUUAUUUUUGGUUUUA